AAAAAAAAAAGACGAGUCAAGUGGCCGCGUGACCCGCUGUCCACUUCCUUAUCUGAUCAUGUGAUUAACAGAGCUAGCGAACGGAGCAGCUGGACAGACUAUUCUUCACUAUUUCAGCUUGAAGGAACAAUGUCAGUGGUGACGCUUGAAAAGUGUCGAGAGGACAUUCGGAAACAGUUGGACAAUGUAGUGGACUUCUGGCUCAAAUACUCUCUUGACAGAGUACAUGGAGGCUUCUUCACGUGUAUUGGAAAGGAUGGGAAGAUCUAUGAUGAGCUGAAAUAUGUCUGGCUGCAGGGUAGACAGGUGUGGAUGUAUUGUCGCUUGUACCGAACCAUGGAUCGCUUCCACAAGCCUGAAAUCCUUGAAGCAGCAACAGUUGGAGGAGCAUUCCUGAGAAAGUUUGCUCGUGUGUCCAGUAGCAGCGGUCAGUGGAAAUGUGCCUUCUGCCUGACGAGAGAUGGUAAAGCGCUCAAAGUUCAGAGAACCAUAUUCAGUGAGUGUUUCUACAUCAUGGCUAUGGAUGAACUGAGCAGGCUAACUGGUGACAAGGAUAUGCAGCUGGAAGCUGAGCAGAUGAUGGAACAGCUAAUUUACUGGGUUCAGGUAGACCCUUCAGGCCUGGGCCGGCCCCAACUUCCCGGGGAGGUUCCCAUCAACAGUUUGUCAGUUCCCAUGAUGCUCAUGUGCCUGGUGCAACAGUUAACCGAAGGCCGUGGACAGGAAGUUGCUCAGAAGUACAAAGAACUGGGAAACUGGUGUGUAGAGCAGAUCCUACAGCACAUCCAGAGAGCUGGCACAGCUAUCUUAGAGAACGUGUCAGUGGAUGGAUCUGAACUGCCGGGUUGCCAGGGCCGACUGCAGAAUCCAGGCCAUGCCUUGGAAGCAGGCUGGUUCUUGAUGCUGUACGGUGCACAGUCCGGGGACAAGGAAAUACACAGAACUGCCAUCAGAAACUUUGUGGAGCUCCCUUAUCAGUAUGGCUGGGACAAAGAACACGGUGGCCUCUUCUACUUCCUGGAUGUGGAUGGUCACUGCCCCACACAGCUAGAGUGGAGCAUGAAGCUGUGGUGGCCACACUGUGAGGCUCUCAUCGCGUUCCUCAUGGCCUACAGUCACACCAGGAAGCCUGAGCUGCUGGAGAUAUUCUCAGAAGUUUACCAGUACACUUUUAGCCAUUUUCCUGAUGCUGAGAAUGGUGAGUGGUUUGGCUAUUUGACACAAGAAGGGAAAGUAGCACUGGAUUUUAAAGGCGGUCCCUUUAAAGGGUUCUUCCACGUGCCUCGUUGCCUGUACAUGUGUGAGCGCAUUCUGGAUGACUUGCUGGAAAACAAGGACUGAAGAUUCUGACAUGAAUGAUAAAGGGAUUCAUGUCAGGGAUUGAACUUGUGCAUUACUUCGAAUCACGAAUAAUCAAAUUAUAAAGCAAAAUUGUCUGAUUCUUUGUGCAUUCAUCCAGGUUUCAGUUAAAAUUUUACCUUUGAAGGGGUUUCUAAAAUACCAGAUGCUAAGGGUGGGAAUAAAAAAAAAAAAAGAACACAUUAACCUUGAGAUAUAUAUUUCCAAUCAAUCAAUCAUGUUUCAUUGACGACCUUCAGCUUUAAUUCAAUGUUUGAAAGUAAAUAAAUGGUUCAUUUGACUGAAUCUGGGUAGAGUAGUGACCCAGUUCCAAUGGCAGCUCGCGCAGGUGAUCUGUAAUGCUUCAGAUCAUAAGCGGUUCCCAUAAUUCUGGUACAAGUUAAUUUUGCUUUCUUCGGUCCAACAAUGUUUUUUUUUCAGUAGCUGUACAGCAGCUAUCACCAGUGAUGUCACAGUCACAGCAGUGCAGCAACAAUACAUCACAGGCUCAAGGGGCGUCACUAACUUUGCCCUUAUUUGCAUCAGGAACAUUUCAGCUGAAUAAUUUUGAUGAAGAUAAUUUUUCACCACAGUUGAAGUUUUGCAAAAAUGUGGAUGAGAUUUGUAUUUAACUCCCCUGUGCAAAACCUGUGCUUCACACUUGGUAUUUACACCUCAUAAUUUACUGAAUUUCCCACAAAGCACUCCACAAAUGUACAACAGCUGGUAGUACAUCCAUCCAUCCAUCCAAUUUUCUUCCUCUCAUCCAAUCCCAGCGGUCACAGGAGAGGGAGGGUAAGCCUAGGACAGGUCACUAAUCUUUCACAGGGCUAAGACUUAAAAACAUAUCUGUCUAUAUGCUCAUAUUUUUACAGAAAAUGUGGAUUUUAAACUGGAACCUUCAGGCCUUUUAAAAUGUUAUUUUACUACUGUUCUAUGUGAUCUAUACACUUCCAUGUCAGGAAAUAAAUUGUAUACUGAAAUAAUAAAGCUGCUGAUGCAGAUGCUUUCAUUCA